UAAAUCGGCCACACGCAUCAGCCUCGCAUCCCAAAAUAAAUCGUAAACAAGAACCACAUCACACCAGUGUCGGCUCGUCUUCACUGCCUUCCUACCUCUUCCUGUCCUGUCCCUCUGAGGACUGCUGACCACCUCAGACUGACCAGCCGUCACAAAAGGGCGAUUUACGACCUGAGCAGUCAAAGGAUGAAGUCUCUGCCGCGCUCCUCAUCGUCACUGUGAAGAGCCUGAAACAAAAAGGACGCCAAGAUGUCUGAGGGAAAGAGGAUGACAUCGAGCCGCAGGCAUCAUCUCAAGAGUUUGAUGCUGCAGAUCGCCGCUACCUGGCUGGAGCAGGAAGCCACCGACCUCACCGCCGCCAAAGAAGCUUACAUGGCCGAGACCUGCCCAGAACCUGACCUGAGUCUGGACCAGGCUUCCCUGAUUGAGUUCUGCAAGAAGCUGAGUCAGGCCCUCGACAAGAUCGAUGAGGACAGAUACGACGCAGAGGUCAAAGUGGAAAAGGCCGACAAAGACAUCGCUGAGCUGAAGCUGAAGGUGGUGGAGCUGGCCGGAGUGAAGAAACCCGCCCUGAAGAAAGUACGUAUGUCCGCCGACGCCAUGCUGCAGGCUCUGCUGGGAGGAAAACACAAGGUGACCAUGGACCUGAGGGCCAACCUGAAGCAGGUCAAGAAGGAGGUCAAAGAGGAGGCUGGCGAUGGCGUUGGCGACUGGCGUAAGAACAUCGAGGAUAAAGCUGACAGGAAGAAGAUGUUCGAGACUUCCUAAAGACUUUCACUUCCUUUGGGCUUUCUGCUCCUCCUUCUUCUGUUACAUCUGACCUUUUUCAUGGAAAAAUACUCGUGCCAUUAAAUUGUUUUUUUUGGAAUAAGGCAAA